GCUUGUAUAUACAAACACAAGGGAAUUCUCCUUCACCGCAAAUGUGUUCAUUAUUGUAUUAUACAUGUAGGGUUCAGAUAUAGUACCAGUACACCCCCCAUAGAAUAAUCUUGCGGUCAGUAAAUCUCAAUUCAGGAAAAGGGGUCGCAUGAACAAUCUUGGUAAUGAUAUAUAAAUGAAGGGACCAUCCAUUUAAUUGUUGGGAUAUUAUCACCCAAAAUAUGUCACUUUUCUAGCCGUUGCAUUAAUCAGCACUUUAGAUCUAUCCAUAAUGAUAUAAUUUUUUCUGAUUUCCUGGAACACUUGAUUUCUCUAUCAAGAACAUUUAAUUUGUCUAUUGUUUUUUUUUCUUUGACUAAAUCAUAGCAAAUCUGGAGAUAAAUAGCUCAGCGCAUAAACAAAUACAAUUUGAGCAUCUCCGGUAUCCUCUCUUGAAAAAAGAUUGUUCGAUCCUAAAUGGAAUAUCAGCCAUAGGAAGCAUCAAUCCAAAAGAAUCAAUAUCUUCCCAUUUUCAAAUAAAAAAAGCCACCUCACUUUUCUUAUUAGGAAUAAAAAGCCCAAUCAGUAAGAAUUUGCGCUCCUUUUAGAAGGAACCGAGCGUUUCAGGCUAUUUUAAAAUGGAAAUCACCAAUUCAGGCUCCUGCAUGCAGAUAUCUACUCAAAUUAACAUAUUCUUCUUAAAAACCAGACACAAGUUAAUUACUUUUUCUUAAAAAAGAAAGUUAUCUUGCAGCUAGGACGGGGUAAAACCUGGCCCGUAACUGAAAGCUAGAGCACUGGGGGGCGAUGCAUCGAUGUGGGAGCUUCCACCACAGCUGCUAUCCACUCGGCUUCAGUUCCUCCGGCGACCCGCGGCGCGCACGUGCAUGGCGGGCUACGUGCCGGCGGAGGGCGGCGGGGCCGGCGGCCGGGGGCGAGGCGCGCGGUACCCGCCGCUGUCCGCGCUCGUCGUCUCCGCCAUCGCCGCCUUCUCCGCGGUCAUCGUCCUCGCCGUCGUCCAUUCGGCGUACGACGCCACGGUGUCGCGGACAAGGACGCUGCUGGGGCACAACCUGGAGCCGACGCCGUGGCACCCGUUCCCGCACGCCAAGGGCCGGCCACCGGCGCGCGCGGCGCUGCGGUGCGCGCCCUCCGUCGCCUGCCUGCCGCCGCUCGCGCGGCCGCGCCCUCCGCCGGCGGCGGACGCGGCCAACGCCUCGUCGUCGUCGGUGCCGCCGGGCAUCGGCAAGAGGCGGCAGUGCCCGGCCUACUUCGCGGCCAUCCGGCGGGACCUCGCGCCGUGGCGCCGCGCUGCCGGCGGCAGGGGCGGCGUGACGCGCGCGCUCCUCGACGAGGCUCGGCGGCGCGCGUCGAUGCGCGUCACGAUCACGGGCGGCGGGCGGCGGCUGCACGUGGACCUCUACUACGCCUGCGUCCAGAGCCGGGCGCUCUUCACGGUGUGGAGCCUGCUGCAGCUGAUGCGGCGGUACCCCGGGCGCGUCCCCGACGUGGACCUCAUGUUCGACUGCAUGGACAAGCCGGCCGUCAACCGCACCGAGCACGGCGACGGCGACCCCGCCGCGCCGCCGCCGCCGCCGCUCUUCCGGUACUGCACCACCAGGGACCACUUCGACAUCCCCUUCCCGGAUUGGUCCUUCUGGGGCUGGUACUUGCCGGAGACGAACAUCGAGCCAUGGAGCCGUGAGUUCAAGAGCAUCAAGGCCGGCGCCAAGGCAACGAAAUGGGUGGACCGGGUGCCGACGGCGUACUGGAAGGGCAACCCGGACGUGGCGUCGCCGCUGCGGGUGGCGCUGCUGGGCUGCAACGACACCGGCCUGUGGCGCGCCGAGAUCAUGCGCCAGAACUGGACCGACGAGGCCAAGGCCGGGUACCAGCACUCCAAGCUCUCCAGCCAGUGCACCCACAGGUACAAGAUCUACGCGGAGGGGUUCGCGUGGUCGGUGAGCCUGAAGUACAUCCUGUCGUGCGGGUCGAUGGCGCUGCUGAUCGACCCGCAGUACGAGGACUUCUUCAGCCGGGGCCUGGACCCGAGGGUGAACUACUGGCCGGUGAGCCGGGUGGGCAUGUGCGAGUCCAUCCGGGACGCCGUGGACUGGGGCAACGCCAACUCGGCGGAGGCCGAGCGCGUGGGGAGGCGCGGCCAGCGUCUGAUGCAGGACCUGAGCAUGGCCGCCGUCUACGACUACAUGCUGCACCUGCUCACCGAGUACGCCGCGCUCAUGGACUUCCGGCCGGUGCCGCCGCCCACGGCGCAGGAGGCGUGCGAGGGCUCCGUUCUGUGCCUCGCCGACGACAAGCAGCGGCGCUUCCUCGAGGCGUCCGCGGCGGAGCCAGCGGUGGACGAGCCCUGCGUGCUGAAAUGGUGAAACGAGUUCCGGGCUACAAACAGAACCACCCUCUUUUAACUAUCCAGAGGAUUUAGGAUAUAGAAUCAGUGAUGAUGUAGGAAAGGAUGUCAUUUCAUAAAAAAGAUAUGUGCAAGUUUCAAGCGAAUUUUCCAGCACCUUAUGUUUCCAAAGCCACUCCUCUGAACUUGA